CUCUCUGCUCGAUCUCUAUCAAUCUUUCUCACUGUGCGUCGGAUGCAAGAUCUCUCCCUUUCUCCUCUCUUGUCUCGCAAUCAAGCUCAUCGCCGGUGUUUCAACGUCUCGCGGCCUUCCCUGGGCUCCUCCUCUCUGGCGACAGAAGCACUCGUCGGAUUGUCGUCGUCCGUCGUCUUCUGGUUUCAAGUAAUCGCCGUCGCGAGUCGCCGUGGAUCGUGGACCGUCGUAGGGUCGUCACUUGCUUCGUCGCUCGUCCUCUUCUGGGCUGGGGUCCUCUUCGUCACCCAGUCGCCCUUGGAAGGUCGAAUGAUCGUGGAGAGCAAGACAGCAGAACUGAAGACUCAAAUCCGGCUUAAAGGAAGUCACGAGGACAAUGAAUCACAACUCAAGGCAUCUCGAGAAGUAUUGCCAAUUAUGUAAUCGUGUGUU